CAGGUUCAGUCUGGGGUAAAGAAGGCAAAUGCAAUGUUGGCAUUUAUUUCAAGGGGAAUAAAAGCGAGGUGAUAAUGCUGAGGCCUUAUUAGACACUAAUUAAGCUGCUCUUGGAGUAUUGUCAACAGUUUUGUGCCCCGUAUCUCAGGAAGAUGUUAUUGGAGAGAGUCCAGAGGAGGUUCAUGAGGAUGAUUCUGGGAAUGAAGAGGUUAACAUAUGAGGAGUGUUUGGCAGCUUUGGGCCUGUACUCACUGGAAUUUAGUAGAAUGCGGGGGUAUUUCAUUGAAACCUACUGAGUAUUGAAAGGACUAGAUACGUUGGAUAUGGAGAGAAUGUCUCCUGUGGUGGGGGUGUCCCGAACUAAAAGGCACAGCCUCAGAGUUGAGGGGCGACCGUUUAGAACAGAGGUAGGGAGGAAUUAUUUUAGCCUGAGAGGAGUGAAUCUGUGGAAUGCUCUACCACAGACUGCGGUGGAGGCCAAGUCCGUGGGUAUAUUUAAAGCAGAAGUUGAGUGGUCAGGGCAUCAAAGGAUAUGGCGAGAAGGCAGGUGUAUGAAGUUGAGUGGGAUCCGGAAUUAGCCAUGAUGGAAUGGUGGAGCAGAUUCGAUGGGCUGAAUGUCCUAAUUCUGCUCCUGUGUCUUAUGGUCUUAUUACAUCUCCUCGUUAAUCAAGAAGGCACAGCAGCGUCUACGCUUCCUGGGAGUGAGGUGGGCAAGGAAACCCACCCCCAUUCUAACCACUGUCUACAGGAGCACCAUCGAGGCGUCCUGGUUCUGUACAUUGUACAGAAAAUGCAAGGCCCUUCUGGGGAUGGUCAAACUCGCCGAGAGGAUCAUCGGGGGUGUCCGGCCCCCACCCACACCCCCAUUUGUGACGUUGCAGACAAGGGUCCCAAAGCAUUGUCGAGGAUCCCCGCCACCCAUCCCACAAUCUCUUGGAGCCACUAGCGCCCGGAAGGAGGAACAGGUGUACCAGGACAAGGCCUACCGGACUGGAGGUACGGUGGAACGCCGUGCAUGCCAUCCAUACAGACCGUUUCGCCGCGUCAGGAGCAAGGUACCGUACGGGUGGACAGGAACAGAGCACAGAGUGGAGUAGUACAGAUACAGAGUUCUGCUCCUUCUCCCUGUGAUGGUGUGGAAUCCCUCCGGGUGGCCGGUUUCGUCCCACCAGUGCAAAGAGGUACCGCUUGGAAGAUAAAGACAUACAAUAGAAUUUAUGAAAAACUGUACGUGAACAUAGACUGACAAAACAAGCAAUAUGCAAAAGAAGACAAACUGUAUUGACGAAGAACCACUGAGAGAAGGAGUUGUAAAGCCAUUGACGGUCGGUCUGUAGGUUGUGGAAUCAGUUCAGAGUUGAGGCUGGAGACGGCAAAGGAUUUGGAGCGCAACCACACUGCUGUGCCUGUCUGUCUGGAUAUUGGAAGGAGUGACCGGAUAUUCCCUUCGUAGCACCGAUAGAUUAGUUGUCAAUCCUUGGAGAUGAAGAUGUAUCUCAUCCCAGCUGGACAUGUAUUUUGUGUCUGAAAGGAGCCGUUCUGUUUUAACUCAGUGAAAUCUGCUGGAACCGGGGUGCCGAGCAGGGAGAUAUCAUUCACCUGCUCUGUCAGGGAAGGGAUUUGCUCACUCAGCCCUCCUGCAGACACAGAGUGAGUUCACAAGGGAGACACCGUUCAACUGUUCUGAGUGUGGUAAGGAUUCACUAAUUCAUACCACCUGAUGGGACACCAGCGAGUUCACCCCGAGGAGAGGCCGUUCUCCUGCUCAGACUGUGGCAAGGCGUUCAUUCGGGCAUCCGAACUGCGGAGGCACCAGCGAGUUCACACCGGGGAGAGGCCGUACAUCUGCUCCGAGUGUGGGAAGGGAUUCACUCAGUCAUCCCACCUACAGACACACCAGUCAGUUCACACUGGGGAGAGGCUUUUCACCUGCUUAGAUUGUGGGAAGGGAUUCACUCGGUCACCUCAACUGAAGAUACAUCAGCGCGUUCACACUGGGGAGAGGCCGUAUGUCUGCUCUGAAUGUGGGAAGGGUUUCACUCAGUCAUCCCACCUACAGACACACCAGUCAGUUCACACUGGGGAGAGGCCAUUCACCUGCUCAGACUGUGGGAAGGCAUUUACUCACCCGUCUCACCUACAGACACACCAGCGAGUUCACACUGGGGAGAGGCCGUUUAUCUGCUCCGUCUGUGGGAAGAGGUUCACCCGCUCAUCGGAUCUGCUGACACACGAGCGAUUUCACACUGGGGAGAGGCCGUACGCUUGCUCUGAUUGUGGGAAGGGAUUCACCCGGUCAUCUGAUCUGCUGACACACCAGCGAGUUCACACUGGGGAGAGGCCGUUCACCUGUUCGGACUGUGGGAAGGGAUUCACUCAGUCAUCUCAACUGAAGGUACAUCAGCGAGUUCACACUGGGGAGAGGCCGUUCACCUGCUCAGACUGUGGGAAGGGAUUCACUCAGUCGUCCAGCCUGCAGACACAUCAGCGACUCCACACAGGAGAGAGGCCAUUUACCUGUUCUGUGUGUGGGAAGGGAUUCACUCACUCAUCCCACCUUGUGAAGCACUAUAGAGUUCACACUGGGGAAAAAGCUUAAACUGCUGCAUGCCGGAUACUUAACCAUCACAGUUGCUGAACCCAGAGGCAAGUUCAAAAGUGACUGUUUUUGUCCAACUCUGCAAUGAUUGCUGCUGCUCACCACAGCCAGUCUGCACCCCGGUCACUGGGCCUGGGAGGUGUCUCUUCCUCUGGCAUUCACCUUUUAUGGGACUGGAGUUUAACAUUCUGGAUCUGUGACAAAUAAAUCAGGUCUAUUUUAAACUAUGUCUCAGGUGUUUACAGUACAGUACGGAAUCAAUUCAUCCCAUCUGGUCUCUGUCAGUGUUUCUGUUCCAGGGCAGUGAUUCCAAAUCCUUUCCUGCUGUUCUUCUCUCAAUCUCCCUGUGGUGACGGGUUCUAAAUAGUCUGUUAGUGAAGAAGUUUCUCUUGAAUUUCCUGCAUGACGUUCUGUCGAUUGAAGACAAGCUCACUGCAGUUCUGUCUGACGUGUUCUUCAUCCCUCAAAUCUCUGGGCGGAGGAAAAACGGCAUUGGGUGUUACCAUCUGUAUUCCCUGCUGUGAGUCUUUUUCACUGCUGAAGGGCUGCGUCUCGCACGGCUGGGUUGUUACAACACACCGCUGUCCUCUAAACUUGAUAGCAGAAUGGGGGACCAUUAGUGGAGUGGGGUCAGAAACGAGACAUGGGUCAGGUUUGGGGCUCCGGACAGCAGUAGGGUUAGGAGUAUAUGAUCAGGAGGAGGGGGCGAGGUGCUAAGUGACAAGAGUAGCAAAAAUUGGAAGCUCAUUGACAGAAAAAAGCUGUGUCAGGUUUAUCAAUUGAAGGGUGCCACGGCAGUGCAGCUCACACUUUCGUUGUCCUCUGUAAGGAAGUAUGUGUAUCCUUCCUGUGUGCGUGUGGAUUUCCUCCGGGUGCUCUGGUUUCCUCCAACAAUGCAAAGACAUAUGGUUAGUUGGCUAAUUGGUCAUAGUAAAUUGCCCUGUCAUUGGGCUCGGUGGAAGGACGUGUUCCACGUUGUAUCUCUAAAUAAAAUUAAAGAGAUGAUGAGAUUCACUUUGACUGCUGACACACACAAUGCCUGCUCAUAUUGAUCAUGUUGCUGGGAGGAGCACGCAAUGUCAAACUGGAUACUGUUUUCUCAUAAAAAUAUUGUCUGGUUCGGUGCCUUUUGGCAGAGGGGAGCAGUGCUUGUAAAACACUUCCAAUUGCACCGUUCUUACCGAGAUAUCUCUGCGGUUCAGGAUUCACCUUCGGUGAUCCGCGGAUUGAGUGUGCAGGCGUCAAUGGAACAAGGUUCAGCCGGUGCGAGGGCGAGUCGAAAGGUGCGCCUGCGUGGUGGACAAAAGGCUCCGGACUAUUGGCAGGAGGUCAGCGGGUACAUCUUCACUGGCAGUCGUGCCUUGACUGGGACAAAUGCUCUGAGCUCUGGCGAUGGUUCGCGCGGGGCCGUGGAGAAUUCUUUGCUGGUAAG